AUGGCCAAGAAAUCUGCUACUGCUAUUACACUCCAGGCUGACACAGCCAUCCAGAAUACCAAAGUCAACCAAUGGAAAUGGACAACAAAAGAUAUAGAAACUCUCAUUAGUUUUAUUAUAGAGCAUGAAUUGGAGGCUAAAGAUAACUUCACAUUCAAGCCUGCUAUCUGGACUGGCACUGCAGUGGCAGUUGCUCAAUGUUGGACUGUUGGGGCUGUCAAGAUACCAAAGGCAUGCAAGGCCAAGUGGAAAGAUCUAAAAACUGACCUCAAAGGUGUUCAACAGCUGUAUAACCAGUCUGAUUUUGUAUUUUUAUUGGAGCAUGGGCUUGACUAUGCUGCUGCAAAUAGUGCUGUGAUUGAUACCUUCAUUGCAGGCACCCAUGUAUUUUACGCCACACAAGCCACUGCUAGAGACCCCACUGGUAGAGUAGACAAUAGUAUAUUGGAUGACAAUGAUUUUGAGGAAGAUGACACACCUGAUAACAAAGAUAUUGAUGAUGAGCCAAUGGAUCUUGAUUGGGAUAGGCAGGAAAUACCAAUAUCUGGUAUUGGGUAA